AUGGCAGAAGAACUCCAGAAGGUCCAUUUAUAUUAUGAUGACAUCAACAAAAUCAGAGUUAUUGAAUCCAACGUACUAAAGGAAACAGAGGAUCUAAAGGACACAUGCAAGGAUUAUGACACAAAAAUUCAGGAUUUCGGGAAGAUUAUAAACACUCUACUAGAGGUGCUGAAGGAACUCGGUGAAAAUGUUGAGAAGAAAAAAAUGGCUGCCAUAGGUUCCAUGAACCUAUUGAAAUCAAUUUCUAAAGAACGUGAAGCUGAACAAGCUAAAUUACAAGCUGAAAUAAAUGACAAAUCCAUGAUACUAGAACAACUGGAUAGUGAAUAUGAUGCUCUCCAGAUUUUAGAAGCCACUCAAAUGGAAACCAUUGAGUACUUAACUCAAAUCAGAUAG